UUAUUAAAUAAUCAAAACAAACAACUUAAAAAAAGCAUUAAAAAAUUACAAAAAUCUAAAGACCGUAUGACCCAUAAAGUUCAGCAACUUAAUGGUUCUGUCAUACAGCUUAAGCAUAAACAUCAUCAUCACAUCUCUCGGGUUCGUGCAGUAACCAAACGUCCACCAGAAUUAAAAGACAAUGAUUUGAGAACUCUUACCGUUCAAGUUUCUCAAAUCGGUCAAAUGUCUUUCAAUACGGCAGCAGAAAGUAUCAAGACUGUUUUUAAUUUUUUAACAGGAGAUAACACAGAGUCAUGGCUUAGUGUAAAUACUGUUAGUCAUUGGCAUCGUGAAGUAUCAAAAUUGAAUGUAAGGAAUGCAUUUCAGCAAGCCAAUAGGUCGACUCAUUUUGCUUUUGGAAUCAUGACAGAUGAAUCGGGUUGUGGUGAAAAAAAAAUAUUAAUGGAAUGUUUUAUGUUUUGGAAUUCUGAAAAAAAUAUACCUGACAUCGUACUCUUAGAAACAAAGGAUCUUUGGCAGUACAAUUCUGAUACAGUUAGUCAAGCUCUUUUUAAAUCUUAUAUAAAAUAUAAACUUGAUACUUCACGGUGUCUUACCUUUCUUUCAGAUAAUACAAAUUAUAUGAGUGGUCAUGUCGGAGGUGUUGUAACAAAAUUUAACCAAUUAGCCCAAAGUCAUUGUGUCUGA